CAGGAGGGGUGUUCACUGGGAUGUUUAAAAAAUCACCAAAGCCUUCUGCAGCACAAUCACAGGAGGAUUUGUCUGCACCCAGCGAGCUCUCAGGAAGCAAAGACAAUCUGUCUGUGAACAGCAACACUAAGGAGAGCGGAGGGAUGUUCAGUGGGAUGUUUAAAAAACCACCAAAGCCUUCUGGAGCGAAGACACAAUCUCAGGAGGAUUUGUCUGCACCCAGCGAGCUGUCAGGCAGCGAAGACAACCUGUCUGUGAACAGCAACACUAAGGAGAGCGGAGGGGUGUUCAGUGGGAUGUUUAAAAAACCACCAAAGCCUCCUGCAGCAAGGACAGAAUCUCAGGAGGAUUUGUCUGCCCCCAGCGAGCUCUCAGGAAGCAAAGACAAUCUGUCUGUGAACAGCAACACUAAGGAGACAGGAGGGAAGUUCACCGGGAUGUUUAAAAAAUCACCAAAGCCCUUAGGAAAGAGGACACCAUCUCAGGAUGAUUUGUCUGAUCCCAGCGAGCUCUCGGGAAGCAACGGCAAUCUUUCCGAGAGCACUAAGGAGAAAGGAGGAAUCUUCAGUGGAGUGUUCAGAAAGAAAGUUGCCAGAUCUCAGUCUAAGGAGGAUUUGACCGCGGAUAGUGAACUCUCUGCCAGCUGUGACAGCCUCAUAGAGAAGCCUUCAAAGGAUAAAGAAAAGACUGAGCUCUCAGGAGACUCAAAUGAGAAUACUGCAGAGAAGCCUAAAGCCAAGCAGAGCGGUUUCAGUGCGAUGAUGAAGAGCACGUUCUCCAAUGACAAACUGGAGAAGGAAUCCGACUCUGACAGUGAGGAGAUGUUGGACAAUGAAGAGAGCCAGCCCAGUCACAAACAGAGUAAAUUUGCUGGGGCCAUGGAGAAGCUGAAUCCUUUUAGAGCUGCAAACAAAAAUGAAACUCAGUCGAGCUCAGAUGAGGAGGAUCCACCUGCGAGCAGCGAGAAGUCCUCAGGCCACAAACAGGCUGGAGUCAUGUCCAAACUGAAUAUAUUCCGCUCUCCACAUAAAAAAAACACUGAAGAAGACUCACAGGAGGAUGAGAAACCAGGGGAAGAGAAGCCGAAACCGGUCAAAAGCAACAUGAACCAGCAAGAGAGAAAGGAAAGAAGUGAAACUCCAACGGUCCCACCCAGACCUUCUAAGGAGGAAAUGAAGAGGACGUCCAUAUACUACGAAGGAAAUGAGGACGAUCAGGAACUGAAUAAAACAGCUGUGAGACAAAAGCAGAAGAGCAGCUAUCAGCAGAGCCAAUCAGACGAUGAAGGCCUCAUGGAUGGACCUGCAGGAGCCGGAGAGGGAGAAAGCAAAGCAGCCAAGGUGAAAAGACCAAGGCGCCAUAAUCCAUUUACGCAGCGAGCUGGAGCAAAGGCUCAGUCUGAUGAUGAAGGGCUCGAUGGAGAAGAUAAUUCUUCAUCCAAAGAGGAAACAAAAGAUGAAGAGGGCAAAGAAAAAACUGAGACCAAAGUCAAGAAACCGAAGAAACACAAUCCGUUCAUGCCAAGUGGAAAGGGCAAAGGCAUUAGGAGGAACGCUCAGGACGGCGCUGUAGGCGAAGGAGAGAAUGGAAAAAGAACUUUAUUCGACCAGCUGGAAGAUUUACGUAUUGACCCGUCACAGCCUGAAGACAGACAGGACUUCCAGGGCCUUAUGGAUUGGUGGAACACCGUGGAGUCCUGGGAGGACACGCCUCAAGAGGAGGACAUGACAGAAAAACAAGAGGCCAAGGCGUUUGCUGUGACGGCGGACAAGGUGCAGAAGGGAAUCCGCGUCUUCAACAAACUGUUCUCGGAGCGGGCUGAGAGCCUCUGGCAGCACGUCAUCGACCUCAACAGCAUCGCAGACGGCCUGGACAAGUUCAACAAGAACACAAAGAUCGCCCAAAUCACCGGCGGCUCCACCAGCGCCAUCGGGGGCGUGGCCACCAUCACCGGCCUCGCUCUGGCUCCGGUCACCUUCGGGGUCUCUCUGAUUAUUACGGCUGUAGGAUUGGGUGUCGCUACGGCAGGCGGUCUGACAUCAGCAGGCGCCGGCAUCUCCAACCAGGUCAACAACUCCCAGGACCGCAAGAAGGUGGAGAAGAUCGUGAAUGAUUAUAUGGAGAAGAUGGUCGACCUCAACAAGUGCCUGAAGUUCAUCAAGCAGGGAAUCGAGAACAUGAAGCGGUUUGACCUGAUCAAGAUGAAAGAACACGCCUACAACCGAGACUUCCCUGUGCUCAGCAAGAGUAUUUAUGAAGACGGCGCCAUGGCAGGGAAGGCCAUCCUCAUCAGCGCUAACGAGAUCAUGCGUGUGGUGCAGAUCGCCAACGUGGCGGGAAGCACCGCAGCGAGAGCGGUUCAGAUCGCUAGUAUGGCCACUGGUGUGCUCACUGGACUCUUUGUAGGCAUGGACAUCUACUUCAUCGCCAAGGACUCCAAAGAACUGAAGAAAGGGGCCAAGUCCGAGUUUGCCGCCAAAAUCAGGGAGGUGGCGACGCAGCUGCACGACGGCCUGGUGGAGCUGAACACGAUACGAGAGGAGCUGCAGUGCACCGGGCCAACAAACGACGAAGGCACCGACACAGCCCCAUUGGACAGUGGCAAGAAAGACGGCAAACAUGACAGCUCAAGUGAGGAUGAAAUCGACCGCAUCAAAAAAGCCAUUAAAAAGGACUACGAGAACCGAGAAUAUGUUUGAAGGCCUGAAACUUUGUUCUAUCAUUAGGGGUUCAGAUGCAAGCUUCAAACAUUCUCAGUUUCCAAGUUCCCCUACAGAACAUUACAAGUACUUUGAAGGUACCGGCUUAGCGUCUAUUCUAUGAGGUGGUUGGUGCACAUUGCUUAAAACUGAAGAGUACAAUCAAGCCUUUUUCCAAUGAGGAAAUACGUGUACGUGUGUGUGUGUGUGUGUGUGUGUGUGUGUGUGUUCUCUGGCUGUUGUGCCAAACUGCCAAGAAA